AUGGAAUCGGAAUCAAGAGAAAGCUGCCUUACAGUCGCCGAUGAGUACAUUGUCACUGAUCGAAGACGGAAGAAUACCCAGAAUAUUGAAGAGAGAGAGGUGCUUGACCUCAUGUGUGAGCAUUACCGUAUGGAAUUCAAGAUUUGGGUUCAAAUACUGAAAGAAGAAAGCGAGGAGGUUCGAAUGUGUCACGAGCUGCACGAGGAUAUUGCUGAAGGAUUGAUGGAUAUGAGUACAGAAGAUAUGAAACAACUAAUCAUGGAAUUUGAGGCACAGGAAGAUGUCCUUAUCUGUCAUAUGGAAAAUGUUGAGACACCUCUUUUGCCGGAGGGAACAAUAUACGAUAACUAUAUUGAACUUAGCGAUCAAGUUGAUUCUUGGCUUACCAGACUUCAAUAUCGGAUUGAAGAUUUAAAAGACGAAAUCGAGACUGGAAAGAUCAGGAAGCAUUGUGAGCUGUAUGACACAAUGUAUGGUCGAAAGAGAGAAGACUUUGUCUUGAUCAUGAUAUGGCUCCUGAACCGAGCACUUGUUUCUAUUCUCACUUUGCAUUGA